GUCUGUGUGUGUUGUGAAGCCUACCCAGGGCUUUACAGUUGGUAUCAGAGCAGACAGAUCCAGGAAGGAGGGAAACAUGGCACGUUCCAACUCACAGAGAUUUGAAACCUUGGAAACGGGGCUAGAAGAAGUAAGCCAGAAAGUGGCGGAAUUGGAAGCAAACAUCCAACACGUGUUGAAGGCGGGAAUGGAGAACUUCCAAAAAACAUUGGCCGAGAACUUUCUAGCCAAGAGCACAGAAGAUACGGUCAGAAACCAAGCAGCCAUGAAUGAAGCAACCACCAGAGUUGAGGGGAGUAUUGAAAGGUUGCGGGAAGAGCAGAACACUCAAAUGGCCUUAAUGAAAAAGGACCAGGAAAAGUUUAUGGAGGAUAUGAGAAGAUUGCUGGACAGGAGGGCGGAGGAAGAAGAGUUUUCGGAGGCAAGAGAAAACAGGAGGGGGCGUGGGUUUGAUGGCGGCGGCGGCCACUGGAAACACCGAAAGCUAGACAUGCCUUUGUUUGAAGGGCUCGACCCGGAUGGGUGGAUAUUAAGGGGUGAAAAGUAUUUCGAUUUUUAUCGACUCACUGACCAAGAAAAACUGGAUGCGGCGGUGGUGUCGAUGGAGGGGGACGCGUUGCGGUGGUUCACGUUUGAAUCCAGGCGGAAUCCGAUAAGGACGUGGGAUGAGUUGAAAGCCCGUGUUUUGAUGAAGUAUAGACCGACGAAUGCCGGAACUCUACACGAGCAGUGGUUGGCCACCACCCAGACCGCCACCGUGGAGGAGUAUGUGAACCGCUUCAUUGAGUUUGUAUCGCCCCUUGACGAUGUGCCGGAGAGCAUCUUGAUGGGACAAUUUAUUAAUGGCCUGAAGGAGGAAAUAAAGGCAGAAAUUCGAGUUCUCAACCCAGAGGAUUUAGAUCAGGCGAUGGCUAUGGCUUCCCGGGUCGAGGUGAGGAAUCGGGUGAAGAAGAUGGGACCAUCUUAUAAUAGGAGCGGAUCUUUUUCAUAUUUCAGUAAGGGACCCUUAUCCACUGCCCCACAAAUUAGCCCAAUAGCCCAAAACUCUCAAGCCCACAAUAUCCCAACCUUGAGCCCAAACACUCAUAACCCAUUAUCCAGAAACAACAGCUACAAACCGAGUUCGUCCGUUGGAUCCCACACAAAUGUUCCUUCAACCACCAACCUACCCAGAAACUCAGGCGCGUCGUCGCGAUUUUCCGGCGAAGUAAGACGUUUAUCGGAGCGCGAAUUACAAGAAAAGAAAGCCAAGGGAUUGUGUUUCAGGUGUGAUGAGAGGUGGGGGGUAGGUCAUCAAUGUAAGAAGAAGGAGAUGAGUGUGUUGUUGGUGGAUGAAGAAGACGGUGGGGAGGAGCUGGCCGGAGAGGAGUUGGGCGGUGAGUUUUAUUCACUGGAAGAGCAGAUGGAAGCGGAGGUCCCGACCACCCUCUCCAUUAAUUCGAUUGUGGGGAUUACCAAUCCCAAGACACUCAAAUUGGUGGGGUACAUCGGGGACGGAGAGGUGAUCGUAAUGGUGGAUUCAGGAGCUACCCAUAACUUCAUAUCGCUCCGGGCGGUAGAAAAGCUGAAGGUACCAAUCACGAAAUCAGCAGGCUUUGGCGUGUCUCUCGGCAAUGGAGAAGCAGUGAAAGGAACGGGUAUUUGUAAACAGGUGAAACUGAAACUCAACUCCCAAAUUGUGAUAGAAGAGGAUUUUUUGCCUUUAGAAUUGGGCAAUUCGGACGUGAUUUUGGGGAUACAGUGGCUAGAAAAGCUGGGGUCGGUGGUCACCAAUUGGAAAACUCAGACCAUGAGGUACCAACUGGGUGGCUCGACGGUGACAUUACAAGGGGACCCUUCUCUGGCCAAGUCCAAAAUCUCCUUGAAGGCCAUGUUGAAGGUGAUAAGGAAAGAAGGUGGGGGUAUUCUGUUAGAGUUCAAUCAGUUGGAGGAUUCGGUGAAAGAGGGGCCAGCCAUGCCCAUGUUCUUGCGAAGAGUAAUAGAGCAGUUCAGUGAGGUGUUUGACUUGCCCACAGGCUUGCCACCAAGCCGCGGGCAUGAGCAUGCUAUAGUGUUGAGAGAAGGCAGCGACCCAGUGGGGGUAAGGCCAUACAGAUACCCGCAGAUACAGAAGGAUGAAAUCGAAAGGUUAAUCCGGGAGAUGCUAGAGGCAGGAAUCAUAAAACCAUCCACCAGUCCGUUUUCAAGUCCUGUCCUAUUGGUCAAGAAAAAAGACGGGUCUUGGCGAUUUUGUGUAGACUACCGAGCUCUCAACAAGGAGACGAUCCCGGACAAAUACCCAAUUCCCGUGAUCGACGAGCUACUCGAUGAGUUAUAUGGGGCUAAGGUGUUCACUAAGCUGGACUUGCGGGCCGGAUAUCACCAGAUUUUGGUGCGAUCGGAGGACACACAUAAGACAGCGUUUCGUACACAUGAGGGGCAUUACGAGUUUCUAGUAAUGCCGUUCGGCCUCACCAAUGCUCCCGCUACAUUUCAAUCCCUAAUGAAUGAGGUAUUCCGACCUUACUUGCGAAAAUUUGUACUUGUCUUCUUUGAUGACAUAUUGAUUUACAGCCCCUGUGAGACGGAUCAUGUGGAGCACAUACAAAUUGUCUUGUCCCUGCUGAAACAGCUUUGGGUGGACUGA